CACAGACAUGACGCAAUGACAGCGCACCAUCCUCAGCAGACUAUAUCCGCCAGCAGUCGACUGAAACUUGUCAUAUCAGGAGACCAACGCUGAGCCUCGAAAAUGAUCCGAAUAAGCAACACAGACUACUGCCACUUCCUGGGGCAAGCAAACCUCUUACGUCAAGCUGGUUCAAUGUGUGACGCUAUUAUCUCAGUAAAAGGUCAAAAAUUCCAGGCCCAUCGUCUGGUGCUCGCCUGUGCUAGCAGGGCGUUGGCCCAGCAGCUUCUGCGUAGCGACUCAGAUCCGUCGCUCUGCACAGUAGAUUACGUCUCCUCUCAUACCUUUCAGCAAGUGCUGGACUUCACCUACAGCCAGGCGGUGGAGGUGUCGAUGGGCGACCUCCGCCUCUUGCUGAGAGCUGCCCAUCACCUGGAGAUGCCGCAGCUUCUGGAGCAGUGCCGCAGGAACCUGGACUCGCUCCACAGAACUGAGGAGGACCAGAGGAAAUUCAGCUCAAAUGCAAUUGAGGCGGGAGGUGACGAUCACAAAGAAAAGCAAGACCGAGGCAACAGUUUAAAAGCGAACAAGAAGAACGCUGGUGACGCUUUCCCAGCCACGUCCCCUGUCAGAAACCCUGAACUAUCACAAGGUGCCAUCCCUCCUCUGAGCAACCCGCCCUACGUCCCCCCAUCUUGGACUUUCUCUCCAAGCAUGUGGAGCUCUGUGAGCACUCUGAGACAGAUUGCUCAAAGCUACUCCAGUUUAGUGACAGGUUGUCCUCAGCCAACCUUCAGCAUGGCCCCUGUGGUCUACCCAGUCCCCUUCUCCUCACCACAUCUGCUCCCUUUACUCAGCUCCUGCUUCCGUUCACCAGCUCAACAGACGCUCCACACCCCUGACCCGCAUGGUGCGACUGCAAUGGGCAGAACUCUGGGGCAAUGUUUGCUAACACGAGAGAAACCCAGUCGCAGAGCCUUAACAGGGGCCCACCAGAACAAUGAGCUCAGAGAGGAGGCCCAACCCAGCAGGAGGGUGAACAAGUGCCCACGGUGUCGUGCCGUUUCUCCCUCUUCAGGGGGAACCUUUCCAGGUGGGGGGUUAGCGCUGUGCAGCUUCUGCCUGAAAGCAGAAAGGCAGUCCAAAGGACUCAAGUCCCAGCAUGGGGAGAAGCCACACCGGUGCCAACACUGUCCCAAGAGAUUCAGCCUCAAGCAUCAACUGGACACACACCACCGAAUUCACACAGGUGAGAAGCCCUUCGAGUGCCGUCUCUGCGGUCAGCGGUCUCGAGACUACUCCGCCAUGAUCAAACACCUGAGGACCCACGGCGGGGCCUCGCCGUACCAGUGCACGGUCUGCUCCGAGUUCUGCAGCAGCCUGGUGGCCAUGCAGAGACACAUCAAGAGCCACAGCGCGCACGACUUCCCGCCGGACUGGCACAUCAACAGCACCUACUUGUACAAAUCACACAACUGAGCGCACAACGCUGGCGCAGAAAGGGGUUUCUAGCGCCCUCGCGUGGCAGCCUGGAGGAACACAAACAAUAGGAGCUCAAGCGCUUGUGUUGAAACAUCUGAACAUCUUUAUUAAGCAAAUAACAUUAUAAAUAAAAAAAAGUGCAUAGAAAAAUUAAACAGGUUUAGAAAUACGUAUACAAAUAUUUACAAACUCAGGGUUUAUUUGUACAUAGUAACAAAGACGGCAUUUAAAGAUCACAUAUUUUCUUAUUUUUGUCUUUUACAUGUAUUUUAAAAUAACCCUACUAUAUAAUUAUAUAUAUACUUUUUUUAUUUAUAGAAGUGUACAUAUCUUUUCGAACAGACUCUGGGAAAGAUGGUUUUGAUAAGUUUAGGUUUUGACUAAUGCUUUGCAUUCUUCAUCACUUACAAACAUAAAAUGUUACAAACUGACACAGAAACUCACAAGCGUUGAACAACAUUAAAACCAAAACUCUUAAAUUAUCAACCUCCGUUUGCAUCAGUUUCCCCAAACAUCUGUCUUAACAGCUGAGGUAGAAUCCUUGGAGUUGCGAGAAACUCUGCUCGUGUGUUUUGCCAGUUUGAUUGAGACGGGUUAUUCUGGGCUCCGUCACCGUUAGACAUGCAAAAUGGACCGAUCGGUCUAAAACAGCCCGAGCCUUUAUCGCGGGGGCAGUGGGGGCGGGGCAAAUGAAGAUGAGCUUCGGGAGUGCUCACUUUACUCCUGCGCCAGAUUCUACUGACAGUUAUCAACCACAACAACAAAACAUAAAAUAUAUAUAUAUAAGCAUAUAUAUUUACAUAUACAUAUAUCAGCAUAUAUAUAUAUGUACAUAUAUGUAUUUAAAACACCUGCCUGGGAACAACUCAAAUCACAACAAAACUCCCCCAAAUGAAAAUUCAAGUACAAUAGCGAAAACAAGGACAUCGAUUGUAAACGAAAACAGAACGACAACUGGGGGAGAUGUCCAAAUUCACUCAACCACCACCAUUUACACAAACCACGACCUUUGAACUUUAAAAGUAGAAACCAAAAAAAAGAAUAAAUAUAGCUUCAAAUUUGAACAGUGUGAUUUGGAUUAACAACGACGACAACACUGCACACAUCAACUUAGAACAUUUUAAGGUGCCGUGUGGAUUUUUGCCCCGAUCUAAUGCAGACUACAGUCUGUGCACUUAAAAAAAACAAGCCUGGUGCAGGAGCGAAACACAAACACGCACACAAACACACACACUCACAGACACACACACACACUCAGUGGCAAUGCUUUAUACCAGUGCACUUCUAGAUUUGGAGAAUAAAACGUAGCAGAUUCAAAGCGAAAACGUCUGUCGAUUUAAAAGGAUAUCAAUGCUCCGCUUAUGGUAUUAUUGGGAUGAAUGGACUUCUUG